AUGUCUUGGAAGCUUACCAAGAAGUUAAAGGAAACCCAUCUGGGUCAAUCCUUGAGCCCCUUCUCUCGAUCCCCCUCUACUUCAACCAUCACCGAAAAGGAAAAGGAUGGCCAGGCCAGUGGCGCUGUUACGCCUACAACGGAAAAUGCCAUAGCUGCCUCUGAGGCCAUGACACAGGCCCCUGUUGUCAAGCCCCCCAAGCCCGGUAUUCUCGUUGUCACCCUCCACGAAGGUCAAGGAUUUUCUCUUCCUGAACAGCACCGAAGUGCUUUUGCCUCGUCACACCAAGGAUCGAUGUCUUCGUCCAACGCUCUUGGAAUGUCUGGCUCUGUUCGACCAGGAUCUUCACAACGUGUAGCCGGAUCAUUUGUUAACGGCAGUAACCGACCGCACUCUUCCGCUGGCGGCUUCAACGGCAUCCCCACCAACCACGGCCGAAUUUCUGGAAAGUACAUGCCAUACGCCCUCCUUGAUUUCGACAAGGUCCAAGUCUUUGUCAACUCUGUCGAUGGAAACCCUGAGAACCCUCUGUGGGCCGGUGGAAACACCCAGUACAAGUUCGAUGUGUCAAGAGUGACAGAGCUCGUCAUCCACCUGUACAUGCGCAACCCGAAUGCGCCACCCGGAUCUGGACGAAGCCAGGAUAUUUUCCUCGGUGUUGUCCGCAUCAACCCCCGAUUCGAAGAGAGACAGCAAUACGUGGAGGACCCCAAGGCCAGCAAGAAGGACCGCGAGAAGGCUGCUGCUGAGCACGCAGCGCGCAAUGGUCACCAAGGCGCUGAGUGGGUCGACGUGCAAUAUGGAACUGGUAGAAUCAAGGUCGGUGUCGAGUAUGUCGAGACUCGAGCAGGUAAGCUCAAGAUUGAGGAUUUUGAACUACUCAAGGUCGUCGGCAAGGGCAGUUUCGGCAAGGUCAUGCAGGUACGCAAGAAGGACACAAACCGAAUCUACGCUCUCAAGACAAUCCGAAAGGCGCACAUCAUCUCGCGAUCCGAAGUCGCCCAUACACUCGCCGAGCGAUCUGUGCUGGCACAGAUCAACAACCCUUUUAUCGUACCUCUCAAGUUCAGUUUCCAGUCUCCGGAGAAGCUUUACUUUGUUCUCGCCUUUGUUAACGGAGGCGAGCUGUUCCACCACUUGCAAAAGGAGCACCGCUUUGACGUCAACCGAUCCCGCUUUUACACUGCUGAGCUUCUGUGCGCCUUGGAAUGUCUGCACGGCUUCAGCGUCAUUUACAGAGAUCUCAAGCCCGAGAACAUUCUUUUGGAUUACCAGGGUCAUAUCGCUCUUUGUGACUUUGGUCUCUGCAAGCUUGAUAUGAAGGAUGAGGACCGCACCAACACAUUCUGUGGUACACCCGAGUACCUCGCUCCAGAGCUGUUAAUGGGUCAAGGUUACAACAAGACAGUCGAUUGGUGGACUCUUGGUGUUUUGCUGUACGAGAUGUUGACAGGUCUGCCACCUUUCUACGAUGAGAAUACCAACGAGAUGUACCGCAAGAUUCUAUCAGAGCCUCUUCACUUCUCUGACGUGGUCCCCCCAGCUGCCAAGGAUCUCCUCACCAAGCUUUUGAACCGCAACCCGGAGGAGCGACUUGGUGCUAAUGGAUCAGCUGAGAUUAAGGCGCAUCCUUUCUUCCAUGCUAUUGACUGGAGGAAGCUUCUACAGCGCAAGUACGAACCUACAUUCAAGCCCAGUGUGGCCGACGCUCUGGAUACUGCCAACUUUGAUCCCGAAUUCACAUCCGAAGCCCCUCAAGAUUCUUAUGUCGAGGGCCCCAUGCUCUCUCAAACUAUGCAGAACCAGUUCCAAGGAUUCAGUUACAACCGUCCGAUCGCUGGACUCGGAGAUGCAGGCGGCAGUGUCAAGGAUCCAUCAUUUGUCGGUAGUUUGACAGAUAACCGAUAA